CUUAGAAUGGCAUUAGUAUCUUGACAAUAUUCAUUUCUUCUUGAGUCGCGCUUGCUGAUUGGUCAGUAACAGGCGGCGAAUGGGUGAUAAUAGCAGUAAGAGACAUAGAGGUCCCGCACAGAAUCUUAACCACGGUUUCUUAUACUUUUCUUCUUUUUUUCUCAAAUUUUGGAUUCAUCUUUUUUUAUAACAAAGAGAUUUAGUUCUUGCUUCAUCAGCAGUUUCAAAGAUCAAGAACAAGAUUGUCUUUUCGCAGGGGUACCUUUACUGCAUCACACAGCUGCUGUGAAAUUAACCGAAAUAUUAUCCUCGUGUAUUCUGAAGUAUAUACAAUGUAUAGUGAUGUGACCUCCAAAUAAGAGGAACAGAGUUACGUCACACUGUAAAUAUUUACGAAUGCACAGUUUACUUUGGAUUAAAACAUAAACCGCCCUUGAACAGCUAUGGCUGUGAGGUUUGUUGUAGGUGUUUCGUUAGUACUAUCUAUGUGCAUAGCCGUGACUUUAUCAGAUAAUGGAACAGAAAGUUGUCCAGUAAAACUUAAAGUUCAAGGUCAUACUUCUGGGGUGAAAGCAGUUUUAAGUAAACAUGAAACAGCUCUACUGAUGUUAAUUGGUUUUGGAGGAUUCUCUAUAAUAUUGGCUUUGUUACAUAAUGCCGUCCGUAAAUACGUCUUCCAUGAUGAGCACAAUUUGGAUACCACAUUUGAUGCUGGUGGAAAUGUUAGUUUAAGUUUAACAGCUGUUACAGUAGCAUCACAGUUAUUUUGGCCUGGUGACAUCCUGCACAGUGCCACGCUGACCACAAAGAAUGGAGUUGCUGGUCCGUUUUGGUAUGCUGUUGGUAUUAUGAUUAAUAUAUUUAUAUUUCCUAUAUUAUCAGUACAGUUUAAAACACGAGCACCUGGAGCUAAAACUUAUCUUCAGAUCAUCCAUGCCAGAUUUGGAAAGUCAGCCCAUAUAUGUUUCUGCUUUUUUGCUCUGCUGUGUAACCUGGUUAUUACAAUUGGUGUACUACUAGCUGGUAGAGCUACUAUCCAGUCUCUCACUAAAGAUGCUUCGGACGAGUUCUCGGUCCUCAUCAUGGCGACGUUGUUUGGUUCCUAUUCUUUGAUUGGUGGAUUGGGAACUACCUUUUAUGUGUCAUAUUUCAACGCCUGUUUGGUUUUCAUCCUAUUAAUCGUGUUUGUCGUGAAAAUUUUACACAAUACGGAGAGUGAAUUUGACACUAUUGGCAACUCGGAGAACAUGUACAAAGCUAUAUCGUGCAUUCACGGACCGGAAGAAAACAACGAAAAUAGUUUCCUCACCUUUCGGUCAAAUGUGGCGUUUUUGUACGGUGUGAUUGAGGUGUUUGUGUCGUCUGCUGUUACUUAUUGUGAUCAAGCUUCCUGGCAGAGUAGAAUUGCCGCCAAACCAAUACAGGGAGUCUGGGGUUUUAUACUGGCUGGGUUGAUAUGGUUCUCUAUACCCUCAACUAUGGCCACCACAACAGGAAUGGCGUACCUAGCUCUCAGUUCUAGUAAUGGAAGUCAUCUACUGACUCGAGGACAGAUAGAUGAAGGUCUAGUGACUCCUUUGAUAGCUGAGAAGAUUCUCGGAUCUGCUGGUGGUAUUCUAGUGUUAACUAUGGGAGCUAUGGCGCUUAUGUCUACAGGAUCUGGUGAAGUCAUGGCUAUAUCUUCAAUCAUCGUGUACGAUAUUUACCAAACAUAUCUAAAACCAUUCAGAAAUGCUCUUGAGAGUGCCCAUUGUGUGAUCUGUGGCAAGACCAAGAAAGAAGUAGCCAAGAGACAGAGAGUAGUGGCUGAGUUUGUGUGUGAUUGUAUGGAUGCUACCAAAUGCCCAGGAUGCUUAGAAGAUCUGCGGAAACGGGCGUUAAAGGGGUCAUACUCGGAGAAGCAAAACUAUCAAUGUCCCACGCACGGAAGGUUUAGAGAAUACAAUGAGGUUCUGAUAGAGUUUAAAAACUGGUGUAUUGUAUGGGUGACCAUAGCCAUUGUACCAUUAGGUCUCAUUGUGUUUGAAUCUGGAAUAGAUUUAAAUUGGAUCUUCUAUGUGGGAGCUAUAGUUACUAUACCCUGUUUUCCACCGGUUCUGCUCUCCAUUCUAUGGGUGAAAGCUACUGGAAAGGGUUUGAUUGCUGGUUGUAUCUGUGGAUUAAUUUGUGGAAUAACAGCAACACUGGGAGCGGCAACCAUGUAUGAAGGUGGCCUAAACAAUUUCUUGAUCAACACGGUACAGGAUUACGCCAUAUUGGCCGGAACCUGUUGUAGUUUUGGAGUCAGUCUUAUUGUCUGCAUGAUCGGCUCAUACCUCACGCACAAGAUACAGACGAAAGACGACGAAGAGUGCGAAUGGUUUAAAAUGUACGACAUCGACAACCCCCUCAAUCCAUGGGAAGUCAACUUCCGGGAAGAUUUGAAAGGCAUGAGCUACGAUACGCGGCCAUCAUUUGAGCAGAUGAGCAAAGCGUUUCGCACGGCUAAACUUACAGCCUACGCUGCCGGAAUAUGUUGCAUUAUGUUGUUCGCUGUCAUUAUUCCAGGAAUAAUGGCCAGUUUUCCGUUAAUGGACCAGACGCAGUUUUCAAUGUGGCUUACCUUUACUCAAGGUUGGGCCGUUGUUAUGGCGAUCAUCGUUAUUGUAGCGCCCCCUACAGAGGAGAUAAUGAGGAUCGUGAAACAGUGUCGUAAAAACCAGGGACUUAGCAAUCAGCUUAUAAAAAGCCCGAUACCAGAGCAUAACGAAAUGACAGUGACAACUAAUGAUUAUUUACUGGGUAAUAAUGAGACUCCAACACAUGUUUGAGUUGAGAGAUAAUUUUGAAGAUCCGUGGACGAUAUUUAUAAGAACAAAGAAGUUAAGCAUAUUAAACAACACAUAUCUGCAAUAACGCAUGUACAAAAGUGAUUCGACGCAAUGGACCUUUUGUCAAAGGCGGUUUAGUGUAAAAUUUGGAAUGGACAAACAUCCAUCUAAAUUGUUAUAAUAGCAUAUUAUGUCUUCAUCAAUUCUGAUUUAAUGAAUCGUUAUUAGCUGUUGGAUAUGUGAGAUAUACUGGCGGUAUCGUACAUAUAUUGACGGGAAAUUUCUCAAUUUGUUACAGUGUACAUGUAGUUUAGGAAUUACGUACUGAGCAACGUUUCUGAAAAAAAAUAAGAGUUUAGUCACUGAAUGGGUUAUGUACUAUUGGUGUUUUAGAUAGACUUUGCAUGUCUCCAUAUUAAUCAGGAAUUAAUUGUUAUAUUUGUUUAAGUUUUUUUAAUUAGAAAUUUUAAAAAUACCCAUUAACUUGGAUCAGAAAUUCUUAGAAUACCUAUUAGAAAUCGACAUGGGUCUGGAAUUUGUAAUCUAUUAAUAGAUUUACUAGUGUGCACCACCAUGUCCCGAAUCUACUUUUUGUAAUAUAAAAUUAUAUUGAUGUUAAUCUACCAGAUAUUAAUAUAAAUAUACCUUCCUAUAUAUAUCUACUACAAUAUAGGCGAAAUCUAAAUUGAAACGACAUGUAGCAACGUAAUAUAAUAAUGUAUUUACUAGUAUGGGGCACAGUAAUGUGUUGAUAUAUACAGUGUUGUAAUGUAAAUCUACAUGGAAUUUUAUCUACAUGAUAGACAUCUACCAUAAGUUAUAUUAUAUACCUUCAUAUGAUACAAUGUAGAAAAUCUGACUUGAUAUCAAUCUACUUUGAAAUUGGAUUAUAUUAUAGACCUUCAUAUGAUAAACAUUUAUCAUAAUGUAGAAAGUCUAGCUUGAAAAUAUAGAAAUCUUCUUUUAUUUGAAUCUACUGUUCUAAAGAAGAAAUUUAAUAAAACAUGACCUGUUCUUGUAAUAGAAUAGAACAAAGAGGUAGAUAAUAGAAUGAAGUAGAAAUUCACCUUGUAUGUUUAUAUAUAAAUGUAAAAUGUAUCAUUUGUUUGUGCAUAAAUAAUAUAAGACACACACCCACCACACCUAGUAUAUUUUAAUGUUAAUGUUUCUAAGUAUUACAUCAAUCCAUGCAAGACGAAGGCGGGGCCUGAUUUUUAGAAUUACUAGACAUUAGUGAAAAACGUCAAUGGCAACAGUUAGGCAAAAGUAAUUUUAUGAAAUAAAUUUAAUGUGUGCGUACAAGCAAUUUUUUCAGGGAUUGGUACCGCUGAUUAUGUACUAUUCAAAGCGACGAAUAGUUCGUUGUCACCGGCGAAAAAAAUCGAUAUCCAUUGACGUCGCAAUAACGCACACGUAAGAUAUUUUACUAGCAAUGAUUCUGAACUACGACAGAAGGUUUUUAAAGGCAAACCUCAAAAAAUUAAAUCAAGUUCGUAAACGAUCCGUGGAAGCCAACUGAAGUGCAAAAGUCUGUCGGCUAUUGCUGCGAAUCAAAACUCUUGAACGCCUCAAAAAGAAAUCUGAUCUUCUCAUCAUUUCAGACAUUAGCCUGUGAGCAUCUUUCAUAUAAUUGAAAAGAACGGAAUCUGUACAAAUUCCAAUUUCUCAUUAAAAAUCAAUUGUUUUUU